UAGUGGUUGGCGGCCGAUAUGUGUAAGCGAGUUGGGUAGUAGUAAUGUUUGUAGUGGUUACCAUCUGAUGUUGUGUGUAAGUGAGAGCAAUGACAGGAAAGAGCAGAAACUGGGUUCGAAUCGAAGCAGAUAUUGUGAAAGGAAGAGAAGAAGGAAACUGGAAGAAGCUUAUAGAACUUGCCGAACAUUUAAAAUCUAGGUCACCUAGCUCAGAAUGUCUGGCUCACUUCCUCAUCGGUGAAGGAAAAUUGGAAUCCUACCUCGAAGCAUUUCCUCCUGUUGAACAAAACAACAAUAAGGCACGAUCAGGAUUGUCUGAAGCAAAACGGUAUUUGUUGAGUACAGUAGGCGAGCAAGGGAAACAGGCUGGUUUCCUACUUCUUGAUGUCUUUUUACUUCUUGGAAAAACGCAUUAUGCAAUGGGUCAUUAUGAAGAGGCGCUAGAUUAUUACAAUCAAGCCGAAUUGCAGUCGUUAACAGAAAAGCAUUUACCUAGUCGGAGUCUAAGAAUUGUCGCCGAAUCAUAUGCUAUUAAAGGGAUGUGCUUGGAAAAAGUUCCACCUCUUUCGUCAUCAAAGUACAAACAGGCUGAAUGGGAUGAGCAGCGAAUACAGUGUUUUGAACUAGCUGGCGAUUUAACACUAAGAUACCUGCAGGAGCAAGACAAACAGCAGCAGCAUUCAUCUACCCCAGGUUCAUAUUCACCUCAACCACCGAAUCCAGCAAAACAUAUUGGCCCUAUAUUGGAAACAGCAUUACAGAGAGCACCUAUUCUUUACAUGCAGACUGGAAAGCUUCAGUCAGCUGUUUCACGUUACAGGGUUAUGCUAAGUGCCAUAGAGACAGCCGCAACUCAGAGUCUGCGACUCACACUGACACGACGACUAGCAGAGGUGCUACUUCGUGGUGUUACUGGGAAAGUUUAUGUUAACCCAGAAAGAGACAGCAACAUUUUUCCAAAGAAGAAUAAGGGAGUUGCAGAAAGUCCAUGGAAACCUCGAAGGUACAUAGGUCAGCAUCUGUUCGUUCCCCGUACUGAAAAUGAGGAAAUAAUAUUGUUGUUAUUAAUCAGUGAGGCCAUGGCCGUCCGUGAUGCCGUUUUAAGCCAGUCACCAGAAUUCAGGGAUGCAAGGAUACAUGCGUACAAAAAUGCUACAGCGGUGUACGAUCUUUUAACAAUAACUCUGGUACGGUGGGGGUAUAUUGACUUAGUUUAUGAGUCAUUUGAACGAGCAAUGAAGUUCUCAUUUGAAGAACCUCAUGUGUGGAUGCAGAAAGCUCUCUGUUUAAUGUCAAUGGGUCAAUACCCUCGAGCUUUAAAAGUUUUGAAGGAAGUGAUACGUCUUUUACCUACUAAGGUCCUUCCAUGUCUGUUAGCAGCUCGUAUUUGCUUUGAACACACAAACCAGUUUGCUGAAGGCCUGCAGUGGAGCUGCCAAGCCCUCUCCAGAGAGACGUCAUCACCACAAAAUCUGGCAUCCCGGUGUCAUCUCUACAUAGGCAUUGGUUACAGUCUGCAGGCAGCAAACACUACAUUAAAACAUGAGAAACAGCAACUUAUUCAGAGUGCACUUGACUCUUUUCACAGGGCACAGCAGACAGAUCCAAAUGAUCAUCUGGCGGAGUAUUACCUUGGACUUCAGUAUGCUUACAAUGGACAGUUAACAGAAGCAGUAGCACACGUGAAAUUGGCAUUGAAUUUAAAUGCUGAGCAUGUUCCUUCCCUUCAACUUCUUGUGUUACUUUUAUCAGCACACAAGCAGACUGCUGAAGCCCUGCAACUGUUGGAUGCUGUUAUACAAGAAUAUCCUGAUAACAUGAACUUGCAUUACACAAAGGCACAGCUAGAGCUACAACAUCUUGGAGGAGAGCAAGCACUCCAUACUGCUGGAAAUAUGUUGGCACUAUGGAAAAACUUGUAUGAAGAACAAAUACAGGCAGAUGUAAUGGAACAAUCAGAUAGACGUAGUGAGACCCGUAGCGUUUUCCAGAUGUACUCAUCAGAAUUAUCUGAUAAGGACUCUAGUUCUCUGCAUGCUCAGUCACUAGCAGCUUCAAGAGUAGAGCAUGCUCUGUCAGAAGUUGCGUCAUCACUCAGCUCCUUUACUCCCCGGCCAGGACCACAAAAGGCCUGGUUACUGCAAGUGCAGAUUUGGCUGCUUCUUGCUGAAAUAUACCUUUCUGUCGACAACAUUCCUGAGGCUGUGGAAUGUAUUCAAGAAGCACAGAAUAUAUUUCCCAUGUCACAUAACAUUAUGUGCAUGCGAGGGCUUCUACAUGAACGGAAAAAGGAAUUUUCUGAAGCUAAGUUAUGCUUCCAGAAUGCAAUUGCUAUCAAUCCAACACACACGAAAAGCAUGCAGCACUUGGGACUAGUUUACCAUUAUUUGGGAAAUCAGAGAUUAGCAGAGAAAACACUGAGAGAUGCUGCCAGAAUUGAUCCAUCAUCGUACCAGACAUGGUACAAUUUGGGCUGUGUUCUGGAAUCAAUGAAUGAGUUUGAUUCAGCAAGUGAUUCCAUGGCUACUGCCUUAGAAGUGGAAACAACUAAUCCAAUUUUACCAUAUUCUUCAAUACCAUUGACUUUUGAAUGACAAUUAUGAACAACAUAGAAUAUGUGAAAGGCAAUAACAUGUUAUUUUGCUGAAAUGUAUAUUACAUAAAGCUUUCCCUGACUAUUAUAUAUAAACAGUGAUGGCAUGACAAUGCUGUUGGGGAUUUUGAUAAAUGGUUUCAGCUGGUGUCAAUGUAUUUGUUUGUGAUAUAGUACAUGUAAAUCCAUUGUAAGAUUAUUAUUUUAAACAGAAUAUCCGUGACAGCUGAUGUGCUAGUGCAACACUUUGACUCAUAUCUGUCAAGGUUCAAAGCUUGCAAAACAAGUCAUAACUAUGUAGUAAAAGUACUGCAAGAAUGAUGACAGAAUUUACAAUACUGAAGUUCAUUAUGUGCUACAUUAUAGCUGGUACAAUGGUGAAAAAUUUUACUAGUUUUUUCAACUGCAUGCCAUGAAUGUCUGACUAUACCACCACUAGUAUCUCCUUUCUAGUUGUCUUAUGGGUAUUUGAAAAUAUUGUGGUGACUUCCUGAUAAAUGGAAAAGAAAGUUGUUGUGUUAAUUCGAUAUCAGAGAACUUGUUAAAUUCUCUUAAACAUAUUUUGUGUCAAAUUUCUGCAGUGUACAAUACGCAAUAUUCAAUUUCCUGUCAUGUACAUGUGUACAUAGUCCUACCCAUUUUUGAAUGGGUUAUUCAGCAAGUUAUACUGUUUAUAAUACUCUGUUGAUUGUAUGUACAGUUAUUUAUUCCUGUAAAUUAUAUGUAAAAUAAUCUGCUGUUUUGUUUACAACUUGUUUGUAAAAGUAUAAAAAUUGUUGUUA